AUGGGAUUCUCGGAAGGAGAUGUUAAGAAGGGUGCCAACCUCUUCAAGACCCGGUGCGCCCAAUGCCAUACCCUAAAGGAGGGCGAGGGAAACAAGAUCGGCCCCAACUUGCAUGGUCUUUUCGGCCGUCAAACCGGCCAAGUGGAGGGCUUCGCAUACACCGAUGCCAACAAGGCAAAGGGAAUUACGUGGGAUCAAGAAACUUUGUUCACAUACCUAGAGAACCCCAAGAAGUACAUCCCUGGGACAAAGAUGGCAUUCGGUGGUCUCAAGAAGGAGAAGGACCGGAAUGAUUUGAUCACCUUCCUCCGCGAAGAGACAAAGUAG